UGCAGCAGCUGUAACUCAGAUAGUUCCGGUCUGCAGUGUCCAGCACAAUGUCUAAUACUGGGUGUGUGGCUCAUUUAUCUGCACUACUUGUGAUUUUAGGCCCAGCCACCUGUGUGAGAGGAUUAGAAGUGCAAGGAAUCCUGGGACAGUCAGUCACACUGCUGUGCACAUACUCUGUCCAAAAGCAUGGUAAGACUGAAAUGUGCUGGGGCAGGGGCCAAUGCCCUUCAAGUGGCUGUUCAGGUCCAUUGUUGAGAACAAAUGGGACAACUGUAAUUUCACCAAUACUCACAAAAUACCAUAUGGAUGGUAAAAUAGAGGAAGGAGAUGUAUCGCUCACAGUGAACCAUCUACAGAAAGGAGACAGUGGUUGGUAUUGCUGUCGUGUACAGAUUUCUGGUCUUUUUAAUGAUCAGAAAGUGAGCAUCAACCUCGUGGUUUCAGAGAGCUCCAGCACACCUCCUCCAUCUUCGACUACAUUCUAUACGACAGACUGUGGUAACUGUUUGACUUCAAAUACAAUUGAAAGCAUUACAGGAAAUCUGAAUUCCGCUUUUACAACAUCUCCUGCAGAGACCAGCAACCUUGUUAAAAAUAUUGACAAAAGUUCAUCAAAUGCACAUCUUCAAGUUUGGACUGGCGUUGGCUUGGGGAUUUUUAUCUUUCUCACUGGAAUAGCUAUAUUUAUCUUCAAGAAGAAGUUGAAAGUUUUCCAAAAAGAUGACAGUGCAAAAAGUGCUAUUGGAAUACACAUGCAUCAUGCGGCGGAAGAAAACGUAUAUAAUGUUGAAUGACUGACUUAGCUUUUAAGGUUUCUCUGGUUGCACCAGAUUCCUUCGAUUCAUGAAGGUCUUCCUCUCAAUGGUGCUCAAGAAAACUAUUGCCAUUAAGUCUUCAGCUCCUCAGUCUUCAGCCUUCAAAUGUGAACUGAAAUACUCGGUGUAAACAAUCAAAUUUUCUGUCUCUAUGUUACAAGGUCCUAUUGCUCCGAAUUGGCCCACUGUUUUGUUUGCCUACCAUUUUAAGUCUAAGUAGUCAGUUGUCACAUGCAGCCAAGUCCCCUUGGAGAAUGCUUUCUGAAAAACUUUCAUUAAGCUUCCAGAUAAGCAUUCCCCUCUUCAGCCGUUGGUGAUAGCCCGAGUCCCCGCACGACCACCACUCUCGUCCUGCUCGCUAGCGAGUGCUAUGCUUCCCCAGCAUCGACUGCAGCCCAAGUUCUCUCAUGAUCACUUCUGAUGACAUUUUGAUCUGUUUUCCAGCAACUCUACCACACGACCUCCUCAAUCUCGUGCCAUUUUCAAAGCAUGGGCAACGUUUGAUCUCCUUCCUUUCUUCCGAAAAAGGUGGUAUAUUUCAGUCAUACAGUUCAUAGAAUCAUAGAAUCCCUAAAUGUGAAAAGAGACCAUUCACCCACCCUCUGAAGAACAUCCCACUUAAAUAUGGCCCCCAACACCAUCCCUUGCAUUUCCCAUGGCCAAUUCACCUAACCUGCAUGUCUUUGGACUGUGGGAGG